AUGGAAGCACAACCUGUCGAGGAUAUCCUCGAAGAAAAUUUCCGCAAGUUUGGUCAAAUCCCGCCAGACGUCCAUCUGCUCUGCCCCAAAGUCGACGAAGACGACUACGAGGAUUACGAUGAUGUGGACUCGGCCGGCGAAGAGAUCUCUGCCCUGCAGAAGAAGGAGAGAGUCGAGGCCUGGAAGAAGCGUCUCGACAUCGUCUACUGGACUAGCCUUCUUCUUGCCUACGGAAAGGACAAGGCCGGUGUCUGGUUGGAAGAAUGGGGAAAGCGAAUGGCCAUCAACCUUCACAACUGCGACAAGUGCGUCAUGAACUGGCACAUGCAUCGCAAGAAGUACCUGCGGGUAUUUGCUGAGAAAUGGCCCGAGGACGCUGUCUCUGGCAUCGAAAACUGUCUCCACACCUUUGACUUCGACCGCAUAGAUAAGGGCCUCGAGUGGGCACAAAAGAUCAUUGAAAAGGUUGAGGCUGACGGCCGCGCCUUUUCGAGAGCGGACCUUGGGGAGGAUCAGGGCGCCGUGCUUUUGACUGUCUACGAAGCCCUAUGCUGUAUGGCGUACGUCAGUCUGCCAGACAAGCGCCGACUUUUCCAAUACGUCUUCGUCCGCCUUUCUGGCAAGAAACCCUUGAAGCUUGGAGAAAAUGUUCUCCUUCCGGCCAUGACCCAAUUUCUGUUCGAUGAGGACAAGACAAGAUUGCAAUUCGCAGAAAAGUCUUGGGAGAGACUCCGGCCAAAGUCACUCACACAGGAGCAAUUUGACUGGGCUGUCCAUGACAACCUAGCUCAGGCAAUCCAGGAGGUCGCCGCGCUACAUCCUGAACAGUCCACUAACCUCCCCACGAUCGAAAAAUUCUGGAGAGCGAUAAACUGGAUUCUCAAGGCUCUCGACGAAAGACUUCUGCUGCAUGGCAUUCGUGGGAUGGAAGUUAAGCCCAGCAUCUACGACCUGCUAUUCGUUCAUAUGCGAUGCGAGUCGGAAGCCAUCUUGCUUCUUGUCAUUCAGGCGUUGACAGCUCUCCUGCAAACAUCUCGGCAGGCCUUCUGGGACACAAUCGGCGACGCACGACCCUUCGUUGUCGUCGAGCAGGUCUUGUCAACACGGCUGUUCAGGCAGCUCCUCUCCCAGUCGCUCACCUUCGCCAUUCAAGCCAACGACAACUCCGAAGACGUCGAGUCCAUUACAACGUCGUGGAUUAACACCUGGAUCCAGUCUCUCAGCCGCAACCAGAAAGGCGACGCCUGCGAGCAGUUGCUUCAUCUUCUCUUCGAGCAGAUAAUCCACGAGCCCAGCAUCGGUGAGCAGGGGAAGGCCGCCUGUAUCCGAGCCGGCUUGGACGCUCUUGAACAUGUCCUUCGAACGUUUUUGGACCCGUCCGUCAAUGUCAUUUCGGGAACAACAUCCGUUUACAUUAACUCGAUUCUCAACGUUGCAAUCAAACAUAAGGACGUCAUCAGGGACGGAGCGCAUACAAGAAGCCAGGAUCAACACACUUUGGGGGUGCCCAAAGCUGCCUUGAGCGUCAUCAGUGCUGCCCUGACCCUAGAUUCUCGGGUUACUGCGGAAGAGCAUCUUGAACUCCGUAAGAACGAUCAUGCAGCUAUCCAGACGGCUGUCACGCGGAAUUCAGCAGACCUGUGGGAUGCAUUUCUGGAUGACCUCUACAGUGGACAGUCUGCGUUGGCGAAGACCAUGCUCAUGGCGAUGGCGCCUCUCAUCAAUGUUGAGAAAUUCCGUCCUCCUCGAAAGGAGCCUGACAAACUCGACAAGGCUCGACAGGACUUCAACACCAGAUUCGCCAAAAUUGCUGAAGUACUGAGCAGAGUCAUGCAGCGACUUUGUGAGUUUACGGUCCCGGAGCUGGACAAGCUGUGUCUUGGUGGCCAGUCUAUCCGACCCAUCAUUGCCUUCACCGUCCAUGGCGAGAACGACAUUAGUAGCGCGAGCUCUGAACUCAUCAAGACAAUCACCGAGACGUCAUCUCGUUCCGAAGCUAUGACGGCAUUACUGGAGCGCCACCUAAGCACGACGUUGUCUUCCAUGGUGUUCGCUACGCGCAAGAUUAUGGAGCCAAGCAACCUGGCAUGGGGACCUGCACGCCAUGUCAUCAACACCGCCAAGGAUGUUCUCAAAGGCCUCAGCGAUCUGUCUUCCGGUGUUCUUAGAUCCAAAACUCUGGACUCAGGGGAGUCGAACGCGGUCACCUUGUGGUGGAGUACCAACUGGAAAUACAUCGAGUUGGCAUUUCAGUCUACCGGGAGCUGGUCGCACCAGGCUGAAAUCCAGGUGAUGCAGGACUUCUGCAGAGACGUCAUUGAAUUGGCGGAUGGGUUGCUGGCUCAGGACGGCCUGCUGACUUCAGCUUUGCGUGAAAACCCCUCAAACCAAGGAAAAGACCUGACCAAGAUGCAGCUGCUCCUGAAGGAGCCACAGCGUCAUCUGAAUGGCAUCGUCCGAAUGCUUCGCUUGAGAGACUUGUACCUGGUUGAGGUGACUGUUAAGGUGGUCGCCAAGCUGCUCAACCGACUUCGGGAGAAUGAUCUCGAAAUCCCGGGCGAGCCAAAGGCGUUUGUCCAAGACUCGUGCAUCAAGGCUUCGAACGGUAGGUACCCGAUCAGCACGAAUCUGAGUGAUCAACAACGAGCAGAGCUACUGAAGUCUCUGGGAGAGGACGACGAGGUCGAAAUUAUUCAAAUCGGUGCUGCUCCGAAGACCGAGAAACCAAAGAAGCAGAGCUCCCUCGAUGCGUGGUCAAAAUCCGGAACCUCAACACCUCUCACCAGUCGAUCAAACAAGCAAGAUGUUCUGGAACUCAGCAGCUCGGUCGACAAGAACCGGUCAAUCUUGGAUAGAAUGGCGGCUCGUCAAAAGGUCCCCUCAACCGUGUCCAAGCCGUCCUUGACGGCGUUGAAGUCGAGACCUGAACCAGCAGUCUCCAUGGCAUCAAAGAACGCACUUAUUGAAUCGAGAAAGAAGGCCAAGGCAGAAAAGCUAAAGAGAGACGCUGAGAUGAUCGCCAAAGCCAAGGCCCUUCGAGGUCCCCUCAAUGUUGGCGAAGGCUCAGGUCUGAAGGGUCUCGGUGGUGUCGUUGGAAAAGAGCACGCACCCCAAAAGAGCCAGAUUAUGGUUGACAGCGACGAGGAAGACGAUGACGACUCUGAGGACGAGGACCUCGACAAUCUCCUUAACAAGGGUGAGCAAGGCAAGAAAGCGAUGGACGAGGCCACGAGGCGCCGCGAGCGAGCACUACUCGAGAAGACUCGCGGUCCUGUUAAAAAGGUAAAGGUGCAGCGAUCCGCGAAAGAUAUGCGUGCUCGUUUGAUUCCCCCCAUGGACCAGCUUCACCAGGCUAUCUUGGAGUGGGAUAUCUUCCAUGAAGGCAAUGACCCCCCGUCAACCUCAGGAUCCAUUGCCUGCACUCGGGUGGCAGAUUCGUACGCUCAUCCCGGGGAGUACAAGCAGACUUUCCUUGGUCUUCUCAUCUCCGAAGCCUGGAGAUCUUUCGUGACUUCUAAAGACGAGACGACUUCCAAGAGUUAUGGGCUCAAGAUUGCGUCUCGCAUGAAUGUCGACAAAUUCCUUGAAGUGACCGCCAGCAUCCCCACCACCGAAAAUAAGGAGAGGAUGCUGUCCGAAGGUGACAUCAUCCUUCUGUCAACGGGCAGGAAUCCCCUGACUGAUACCGCUGAACCUCAUGCUCUGGCAAGAAUCUGGAAGACCAGCUACAAGAAAGAUAGGCUGGAAGUGACCUACCGCUUGAAUAGCAAAAACAACCCCUUGAUCGUUGCCGGUGCCCUCAACAAUGGGUCCGAGUUGCAAGCUGUCAAAAUCACCAAUAUGACGACAAUUGAGAGAGAGUAUGCUGCGCUCGAGAGUUUGCAGUACUACGAUCUCAUGGUUGAGGUCCUGAAGGCCGAACCAUCUCCUGUCCUGGAAUACGGCAACGAAGCUGUCGACCGCGUGAUGCAAAACUACCAGCUUAAUCCUGGUCAAGCCAAAGCUAUCCUCGGUGCCAAGGACAAUGAUGGAUUUACCCUCAUUCAGGGACCACCCGGAACAGGCAAGACCAAGACCAUCGUGGCCAUGGUUGGCUCGCUGCUCACAGGCAAUAUCCAGCCUCAAGGAACUGCGAUAAAACCGAAGAUUCCCGCUGGCCAAGCCAACCAGAAUGCUAUGCCCAAGAAGCUUUUGGUGUGCGCCCCCAGUAACGCGGCCGUUGACGAACUGGUGCUACGUCUGAAGCAGGGCGUGAAGACGAUGACUGGAUCAUUCCACAAGAUCAAUGUGUUGCGUUUGGGUCGAAGCGAUGCCAUCAACGCUGCUGUCCGCGACGUCACUCUUGAUGAGCUUGUCAAGCAGCGACUGGAAGGAGACAACACGGGAAAUAAGGCUCGAGAGGAGCGCGAAAAGAUGCACAAGGAUGCAGCCAAGGUUCGAGAUGAGCUCGCGGAUCUCCGGCCCAAGCUGGAGGAGGCUCGCGCUAACGGCGACCGCAACGUCGUUCAAGCCCUUCAGAGGUCUUUUGACCAGCUGAAGCGAGUUCAAGUCAAUAUCGGUGCGAAGAUCGACGAGGAAAAGGCAAGCGGCAACACGGCAACUCGUGAGGCUGAAAUCCGGCGUCGCCAGGUUCAACAAGAGGUCUUGGACGGAGCACAAGUACUGUGCGCCACAUUGAGCGGUAGUGGUCAUGAGAUGUUCAAGAACUUGAACGUCGAGUUCGAGACGGUUAUCAUCGAUGAAGCCGCGCAGUGUGUCGAACUGAGCGCCUUGAUCCCCUUGAAGUAUGGCGCCACCAAGUGCAUUCUGGUCGGUGAUCCAAAGCAGCUGCCGCCAACUGUGCUCUCGCAGUCUGCUGCGCGCUUCGGAUACGACCAGAGUUUGUUCGUCCGAAUGCAGCGCAACUUCCCCAACUACAUCCACAUGCUCGACCGGCAGUACCGAAUGCACCCGGAGAUCAGCCGGUUCCCCAGUCUGGAAUUCUACGAGGGCAAGCUUGUCGACGGAGACGAUAUGGCCGAUCUUCGUCGUCAGCCUUGGCACGCCAGUGCCCUUCUUGGCCCUUACCGAUUCUUCGACGUUGAGGGUUCGCAGGAGAAGGGCAACAAGGGUCGCUCUCUAGUGAACCACGCAGAACUGAGAGUUGCCAUGCAGCUCUACGAACGGUUCCGAGCAGACUUUGGCAGACAGACUGAUAUCCGUGGCAAGAUCGGCAUUAUCACGCCUUACAAAGCCCAGCUGCAAGAGCUUCGCUACCAAUUCGGACGGCAAUACGGAGACGGUAUCACUGAUGAUAUCGAAUUCAACACGACCGAUGCGUUCCAGGGCCGAGAGUGUGAAAUCAUCAUCUUCUCCUGCGUUCGAGCGAGCCCUACGGGAGGUAUCGGUUUCAUGCAAGAUAUCAGGCGUAUGAACGUCGGUCUGACGCGUGCAAAGUCGUCGCUGUGGAUUCUGGGUGACUCAAGAGCGCUUGUCCAGGGUGAGUUUUGGAACAAGCUCAUUGAGAACGCGAGACAGAGAGCUCUUUACACCAAGGGCGACAUCAUGGGCAUGCUCCGCAAACCAAGCUCCAUGAAGCCUCUGCCUCCGCCGACAAAACCAGCAUCACCAGGCAACUCUGCUUCAGGUACCGAUCAGAAUGCUCAACAGAUUCCCAGCCGAGAAGUCGACAUGACGGACGUUCCACCCUCACAUCCGCGAAAGGCAGUUCCGCCCCCACAACAACCUCCCAGCCGUGUUUCUGCUUCCUCUCGAAACUCGGACAGGCCCCCAAUCAUUCAGUCAUCGGCGCCAAAGCCAGAAUCCAAGAAGCGACCGUCAGAUGCUGGCGAUGCGCAACGCGGAGCCAAGAGGGUGACGACAGAACAGAACCGAGCCUUGAGCAGACCGCCGCCGACUGGACCGAAAGCGAUGAACUUCGCCCCGAAGGAGCCUCAACAGGCGAAGGACCCGUCUGCUAUGGUAGCCCUCGGCCUCACACCGGCUGCACGACCGCCGGCGGAGACACCGUCGAGUUCGAAGACGCCAUCUUCGAGUUCACCGAUGAUGCCUAACCGCAACCUGCCUCCUAGGCCUCCGGGGCCCAAUGGACCUGUUAUUCACAGGAAAAAAGCAAAGGCGGAUCCCUUCAUCCAGAGAAAGCCUCCCAGACGCUAA